AUGGAAAAUGAAACUGAUGAUCAUAUAAGGUAUAACGAUAACAUCAACGGCGAGGAGGAACGUUUACCUUUGGAGUCUAUGACCGGAAAACCAACAUCCACGGCGGAGUUACAGCCGCAGCAACCGCCACCAUUCUUGGUGAAGACAUACAAGGUGAUUGAGGAUCCGAUCACGGACGAGGUUAUAUCUUGGAACGAAGAUGGAAGCGGUUUUGUCGUGUGGCAGCCGGCUGAGUUCGCAAGAGAUCUCUUACCAACACUUUUCAAGCAUUGCAACUUCUCUAGUUUCGUUCGGCAGCUCAAUACUUACGGGUUUAGGAAAGUGUCGACAACAAGAUGGGAGUUUAGUAAUGAGAUGUUUCUAAAAGGGCAAAGAGAGCUAAUGUGCAAUAUCCGAAGAAGGAAGAGUUGCCUACACUCACACUCACACAACAAGUCUCAUCAGGUUGUACCAACGACCACAGCAAGGCAAGAUGAUCAAUCACGGCUUGGUGUUGAUCCUCAAGACUCUUCCUCCACUUCCUCCUCCUUUGUAUACUCUGCUUUACUCGACGAAAACAAGUGCUUGAAGAGUGAAAAUGAGUUCCUGAGUGCAGAACUCGGGAAGACCAAGAAGAAAUGCAAACAACUUAUGGAGUUGGUGGAAAGAUACAGAGAGGAAGAAACCGAUGAUGAUGAUGAUAAUGAUAAUCAUGGGCUUAAGCUGUUUGGAGUAAAACUAGAGUGA